CCUCGCUAUACUGAGGAGCAGUAUCCUCUCCAAGACACCAACUUUGGUACACAGCCACCAGCCCGUAGACCAAACAACAACUUUGAUACAAUGGGCUAUCACGAUGAACACAUUUCCUCUGAGACCAUGAACCAACCACUUCUCGGAAGCCCCAAUUCUGUCAUGCAACCUUCACCAAUGUAUCGUGGAAGAUCAGGUGCAGGAUCGCCCAACAGCCCUGGCCUUCACUUCCAAAACUCGAGUCCAUCUCCUAAUGGCUCAUUUACCGAACCUCCUCGCCGCCAACCUCGACGAUACAAGACAGUUCGAAAGGUCAAGCUUACCAGAGGUAAUCUUGUCCUCGACAAUCCUGUCCCAACAAAGUAUCUCCAAAGUCUUCCCAUCAAAGAAGGCGAAGAAUUUACCCACAUGCGAUAUACUGCUGCCACCUGUGACCCUGCUGAUUUUGAGUCCGAGAAAUAUCUCUUGAGACAGAAUCUGUCUGGAAGAGACACUGAAUUGUUUAUUGUAUUAACCAUGUACAACGAAGACGAAGUUCUUUUUUGCCGAACAAUGCAUGGUGUCAUGAAGAAUAUUGCCCAUUUGUGUGCAAAGACCCGCAAUAAGAUGUGGAAUGCUGAGGGAUGGAAGAAGGUGGUUGUUUGUAUCGUAUCUGAUGGCCGUACCAAGAUCAAUGCUCGUACCCUUUCCGUCCUAUCUGCAUUAGGUGUAUACCAAGAAGGUGUUGCCAAGAACGUCGUAGAGGGCAAGCCUGUGGCCGCCCAUAUUUUUGAGCACACAACACAAAUCUCCGUCGAACCCGACAUGAGUUUCAGAGGCGCCGACAAGGGCAUUGUUCCUGUUCAGCUGCUGUUUUGCCUAAAGGAAAAGAAUCAAAAGAAGAUCAAUUCCCAUCGAUGGUUCUUCCAGGCCUUUGGUCCUCUGCUUAGACCUAAUGUCUGUGUCCUACUCGAUGUUGGAACUAAGCCCGGACACAACUCGAUUUACCAUUUGUGGAAGGCGUUCGAUAUCAACAAAAACGUGGCCGGUGCGUGUGGUGAAAUUCGAGCCAUGGCCGGAAAAUAUGGAAGCAAUCUGUUAAAUCCUCUUGUGGCCUCACAGAACUUUGAAUACAAGAUUUCAAAUAUUCUCGACAAGCCUCUCGAGUCUGUAUUUGGACAUAUUUCUGUACUUCCUGGUGCAUUCUCUGCUUAUCGCUACAAGGCUCUGCAGAACGAUCACAAUGGCGUCGGUCCCCUCGAGAAGUACUUUAUGGGUGAGAAGAUGCAUGGUUCAGAUGCCGACAUCUUUACAGCCAAUAUGUAUCUCGCCGAAGAUCGUAUCCUGUGCUAUGAAUUGGUUGCCAAGAGAAACGAAGCCUGGACACUGCAUUAUGUCUGCAAUGCCUAUGGUGAAACUGAUGUGCCUGACAAUAUUCCUGAGUUUGUAUCUCAGCGUCGUCGUUGGCUCAACGGUUCCUUCUUUGCUGGUAUCUACUCCCUUGCUCACUGGAGAAAAGUCUGGAGUUCGAACCAUUUUAUUGGACGUAAACUGGCCUUUAUGUUUGAAGAUAUCUAUCAGCUGUACAAUUUGUUCUUUUCUUGGUUUGCUAUCGGCAAUUUUUACUUGAUUUUCUAUAUCAUGACUAGCUCUAUGGAAUCUGAGGAAUUGAACCCCAAACCUUUCUCUGCUGAUGUUGCUAAAAUUCUCCACAUUGUCCUCAACUAUAUCUAUUGUGUUUUGCUUGUUGUUCAAUUUAUUAUUGCUAUGGGUAACAGACCUCAAGGCUUCAAAUGGGCCUACAUUGGAGGUUUUGCAUUUUUCGCUGUUAUGAUGGUGUACAUCAUGUUCUGUACUCUCUGGAUUACUGUUGUUGGUAUCAUCACUGCUGUAGAUGCUGCUUCUGCGACCGAAAAUGCAGUCGUUGCCCUCUUUAACCAAAGUACUUUCCGUCAAGUCGUCAUAUCCUUCCUUGCAACCUAUAUCAUGUACUUUGUGGCCAGUAUGCUGUUCAUGGAUCCCUGGCACAUGUUCACAAGUUUCAUACCAUAUAUCUUCAUGUCUCCCAGUUAUAUCAACGUGCUCAACAUUUAUGCUUUCUGUAACACUCAUGAUGUUUCGUGGGGUACCAAGGGUGAUAAUGGUGUUUCUACCGAUCUGGGUGUUGUAAAGGCAAAAACUGACAAGGAUGGUGGCCAGUCAGUUGAAGUCGAAGUACCAACCGAACAAAAGGAUCUCAACGAACAGUACGAAGAAGCUUGUCUGGAUCUCAAGAGAAAGUUUGUACCUGAAGCCGAGCAUCGUGACGCAAAGACCAAGCAGGAUGAUUACUACAGAGCUUUCCGUACCAACCUUGUCCUUUGCUGGAUAAUCAGUAACAUGGCCCUUGUUGCUGUCAUUACCAACGGACAGAUCUUACACUGGUUUGGUUCUUAUGAGGAGCGUAGUACAGCAUAUCUUGGUUUCAUUCUUUGGUCUGUUGCAGGCCUUGCAGCAAUUCGUUUCUUGGGAUCGUGUUCUUACUUGUUCAUGAGAAUCUUUACUGGAUAAACCUCCCAAAAAAAACCCCCACUCCAAAAAACAAAAGAGAUAGAGAACGAAAAAAAAAUUCACUCAUACAUACCCUGUCAAGAAGAAGAAGUGAAAGAAGUGAAAGACAAAAGAACACAGUAUUCUUUUCUUUUUCACUUUUUUUUUUCUGCUUCUUUCUUCUUUAAACCAUUGCCCUCUCUCCAUUAUUAUUAUCUUUCCCUUUCCUUUCUUUCCCUCAUCAUAUUUGCUUUUUAUUUUUAUUAUUAUUAUUAUUAUUUUGUCUUUCUCUCUCUCUCUCUCUCUCUCUCUCUCUCCUAGCAUACUUCUUGAUCCAACAGUUUUUUUUUGUUAAAGGUUUUGGAUCACCCUCUUCUUUAUUCUUCUAUAUUUUUUUUGCCUUUCAAGGAUUCUUCAACAUCCUUGUAGGUUAAUCAGAUUUUCCUAUUUUCUUCUUCUUUUUAAUACAUUACACUACAUACUUUUAUAUAUAUAUACUUAUAUAAACAAGCUACAUCAUCACA